CUACGUCGUCGUGGGCUGAGGUGGCAGCUGUUUGACCACGAUGGAGCUCCAGGCAAUGUCAGAGAUUAUGGUACUGUCCCUGUUCGUUGGCUUGCUGGCCCUGAUAGUGACAGCGGCUGUGGCGCGAGGUUGGCUGCGCGCCGAGGGAGAGAACGGCAGCCAGCCUGUAGCCCAAAAAAUAAAUGGACCCAAGAAGCCAGGAUCCAAGAAGCAGAAACAGCAGCAGCGGAUUCGAAAGGAGAAGCCUCAGCAACACAACUUCACCCACCGCCUUCUGGCUGCCGCGCUGAAGAGCCACAGCGGGAACAUAUCAUGCAUGGACUUCAGCAGCAACGGCAAGUAUCUGGCCACCUGUGCGGACGAUCGCACCGUCCGCAUCUGGAGCACCAAGGACUUCCUGCAGCGGGAACACCGCAGCAUGCGAGCCAACGUGGAGCUGGACCACGCCACCUUGGUGCGCUUCAGCCCUGACUGCAGGGCCUUCAUCGUCUGGCUGGCCAAUGGGGACACUCUCCGCGUCUUUAAGAUGACUAAGCGAGAAGAUGGAGGCUUUACCUUCACAGCCACCCCAGAGGACUUUCCUAAAAAGCACAAGGCACCUGUCAUCAACAUUGCCAUUGCUGACACAGGAAAGUUCAUCAUGACAGUCUCCAGUGACACAACUGUCCUCAUCUGGAAUCUGAAGGGCCAGGUGUUGUCCACCAUUAACACCAAUCAGAUGAACAAUACCUACGCUACCAUAUCCCCUUGCAGCAGGUUUGUAGCCUCAUGUGGCUUCACCCCAGAUGUGAAGGUCUGGGAAGUCUGCUUUGGCAAGAAGGGAGAAUUCCAGGAUGUCGUGCGAGCCUUUGACCUGAAGGGCCACUCGGCGGCUGUCCACUGCUUUGCCUUCUCCAACGACUCUCGGCGGAUGGCCUCUGUGUCCAAGGACGGCACAUGGAAACUGUGGGACACUGAUGUAGAAUACAAGAAGCAGCAGGACCCCUAUUUGCUGAGGACAGGCCGCUUUGAAGAGGCGAGCACCAUGCCAUGCCGCCUGGCACUCUCCCCUGACACCCACGUCUUGGCCUUGGCCAGCGGCACCAGCAUUCAUCUCUACAACACGCGGCGUGGUGAGAAAGAAGAGAGUUUUGAACAGGUGCAUGGGGAGUGUAUCGCCGACUUGGCCUUUGAUGUCACCGGCCGCUUACUGGCCUCCUGUGGGGACCGGGCAGUGCGGCUCUUCCACAACACCCCGGGCCACCGGGCAGUGGUGGAAGAGAUGCAGACCCUGCUGAAGCGCGCCUCGAGCGACAGCACCCGCCAGAGGCUGCAACAGCAGCUGGUGCAGGCCCAGGAAGCCCUCAAGAGCCUGGGUGCCCUGAAGAAGUGACUGGCUCAGGCUUGGGCAGGGUCCUGUCGCCUAUGCCCACCACCGCCACUUCAUUCCCAGGUGCUUCCAGUGGAAACCUUCUGAAAGGAGUCCCCUGACUUGAUUUUCUUACUGGUGGCCUCUCUGGUCUCCGUCCCACUGAACAUAUUCUUGCCUACUUGGACAGCUCUCUCUCCUUACUGAUUCCAGUUCCUCCUGGACCAAAGAGCAGGGGUGAUGUCUGUCCUCCCCCAGCCCUGAGGAGAGUGGUAGAGGAGUGAGAGAACUUGACCUUAUGACAGUGCACCCUAACACCCUGAGAAGUUCAGAAAUUAGAGGUGCAACAUAGGGACACCCAUGAGCAAGGCAGCAGCUUUGUAGGCAAGACAUUGGGAAGCUUGCAAUUACAGAGUGGGGCAGUAAGGUUAGGGAAAGCCAAGUCUUCACCAGGACCAGGCUUCUAACUGGCUAAAAGGAAAUGGGAAUGAUUUCAUUCAGGACUUUAUUUUCUUUGCAAAAUAAAGAACAGGGACAGGUGUGGUGGUGCAUGCUGUAAUCCUAGCACUUGAG